CGUGUGGGAAUGUGGCGGCGUCUGCAGAGGAUGAGGGUGAAGGUGACACUGGCUGGAUUGAGGGCGCCGCCAUCCUGCUGUCUGUCGUGUGUGUCGUCCUGGUGACGGCGUUUAAUGACUGGUCCAAAGAGAAGCAGUUCCGGGGUCUGCAGAGUCGGAUUGAACAAGAACAGAAAUUUACCGUUGUGCGUAAAGGAAACGUCAUCCAGAUCCCUGUGGCGGACAUGGUGGUGGGGGACAUGGCGCAGGUCAAAUACGGGGAUCUGCUGCCAGCUGAUGGUAUCUUGGUCCAAGGCAACGAUCUGAAGAUAGAUGAGAGCUCCCUCACAGGAGAGUCCGACCACGUACGCAAGUCUGUGGAUAAGGACCCUAUGCUGCUCUCAG